AUGUCGACACCCCAGCCAGUUGAUGGGUCAGACCGGCGUCACCCUCGACGUCGGGUAUUAAAUCGCCCUCCUCCCUCUCUCUCGGGCGACCUCCCGUCUAAUCUGCGCUUGAUCAAAGGAGAAACCUUCCACUCUACCAACCGACCUCACUCAGAUCGUGACCCCGUACUAGAAUUAAAGCUAUUGCCUCGUCGCUCCCCGACAUGUCCUAAAGCCUUGGAAGCUAUUGCCGCCGGCCAACGGCGUAUGGCCCAUAUCCUGAAUCGCUUUGAUCUCGACUCUCUUUCUACAAUCGACUCCUCGGGACCUCAAGACGAACUUCCUGUUCCUCGCGGUAUUUUGAAGACGCACAUUAAGUCCCAGGCUUCGGUGAAGGUUCCUAGCGAGAAAUCCCAACAUUCUCAGGAUCCCAAGGAGUCCCGCAAGAAGAUUCAAAGAGUGAACCACCAUACGUCUGACAGUGGACUGGGUACUUCUGUUGGAACCAGUGAAACUAUGUUGUCUACCAAGGGAAAGGUGACAGCUGGCCAAGUGUGCCAAGCUAGCGUUGGCCACAAACUGUCUUCUGCUGCCCGCGUUGAGAUCCAGGGCCGUAUUCUUUUCCGUCUGCUCAUGGCGGAGAAGUUUCAAGCCUUCCACCCUAUUAUCCGAGGCGCCCAUCGGCAGAUCGAAAAAGACCAGCUCAAGUGUCUGCGUGACGUGGAACGAACCCUUCUCUUUUCAACCGUUGAGGUGAAAGCAUCGAUUAGGUCCUGGUCCACUUUUUGUCACUUUACGAUCAACUGCAUCCACGAGACUUCGGGUUUUCUCCGGGGUAGGGAUUUGACCUUGCCUAAUGAUGCACCAUAUACAAACAACUACUUUGUCGAUCUUGUUACACAGAUCAACCGUUUCGCAAGAAUUCGGGACGCAGCGCGUUCCAGACAGGAAUCUACGUCUAACGGCGCGAGGGCCCCUAAGUCUAUGUAUGUCACUGUACUCUGCGUCCGAGAGAUUCUGGAGACUGACUGUAACAGUGAGCUUACCCUUGAGGGCGGCAUGUCCGAAACAGGGCGACCUGCUGAGCUUGUCAUGCACAGGGAUGGCAAGUCCAUUUCCUUGCGGACAGGGGAAUCGUAUGAUGAGCAUGCUAUCCCAAGCUUCAAGCGUACACUGAGCGUUGAAACGGUUGAUGAGGGAGUUGAACGGUCUAUGGCGCGACGCAAGAAGAAUGCUCCCCCGAUGGAUAUUAAUCAGAAAUGCCAGUUCUGCGAUAAGGUCUUGAAGCGACCCUGCGAUCUGACAAAACACGAGAAGACACACUCGCGCCCCUACAAGUGCCCGGAAAGGACUUGCAAGUAUGCGGAAUUGGGCUUCCCAACAGAGAAGGAGACGGAGCGUCAUUAUAAUGACAAGCACUGCAAGAACCCCCGGUUGUUCAGAUGCCAUCAGCCCGGUUGCACCUACGCAUCCAAAAGAGAGAGUAACUGCAAGCAGCACAUGGAGAAGACACAUGGCUGGGUAUACGAACGGACGAAGAACAACGGCAAAAACAAAGUUGUCAAGCAAGGAUCCGCUUUACCCACUCCCCAGACCACCAGCAUUCCAUCUCCUGCCGCUUCCAAUCCAGCGGGCGAAUUCUCUACACCCACUACGGGUCCCACUGCAUCCCCUAACGAGUCUUCUGUUGCUUUCCCAGAGGCCGUACCAUUCUCAUUCGCCGACCCUCCCAUUCCGACCCAGACUGAAGACUUCCAACUCUUUUCGAAUAGUCCGACCUCACUUGGCGGCUCGCCAUACCACAACUUGAAUGAUCUCCAUGGAUUCCCACCUGGCGCGAACUUCGACUUGAACCAUCCCCAGAUGCCCAAUGUUGGAAGCCCUGCCUCCGGAUCGAGCGAAUUUCUCACACCGCCUUCUGGUAGCACUCAUUCUCCCUACGAUCCUAUCAACCCAUUCCCUGAAAAUUCGAUGUUCUCCUUUGAACCAUAUAUGCAAGCCAAAACCGAUGAGAGUCUGUUGUUCGUGAGCGGCGGAUUCGGUGAUGUGCCCAGCAUGUUUGAUCAGAAUCCUAUGGAUUUCCUGACAGACCCGAUGGAUCCAAUGUACAGCUCGACCUUUAUGGGUUAUGAGACUGUCCAGCCGCAGCUGGAGGCCAAUCCGAGCGAUCAGUAUGGGAUGGAUUCUUGGGAUGAUUUCAUGUGCAAGCCCGACCAACCUCCCAUGUAGAGUGGGGACCUAAGGUUUUGAUUUUGGGGUUGAUGUAAUGCUGUCUUACAGUCAAAGACUUUCCAUCUUCGUUUUAAAAUAUGUGCAGUAUGUAUGGUGUUCGGAUCGGGAUCUCGCAAGGGCUUUAUGGUGGAUUAAUGGUGUUCAAUCAGCAACUACAUGGUAUCAUCGGCUUGGGAAUUUUUCUUAUCAUUCUUCAGCAAACAUCCUGUUUAUUCAGAAGCAUUCUUGCUAUGUCUUUCGACAUGGCACUAUUGUUGGCAUUGUUUUGUAUCAUUGACAUUGAAACAUUUGUUGUCGCUAGCCGAAAGGGGACAAUUUCUGUUUUCAGAUGGCUCUCCGCUGCCGGACGUCAAAUUGCCAGAUAUGUAUACUUUUGCUCUAGGCUAAGAAAUCAACAUCGUCUAGAAUCAUUUUACCCAUUAUAGUAGUCACUCGUCCGUUUGAUGGGUAAACUCGUCCAGACAACUUGUCUUUCAGACAGGGGCUUGCAUCCAUGGGUGUCAUUUCCAGGUCCCCCUGGGGUCCGUUACACAAUGCUAGACCUAAGGCGCAAUGUACAACUACCUAGUUUGGAGUCCUCCAACAGUGGGUUUUACCACUCACUCCCUGCUAGAACACUUUGAAACCCCCCAGGAACAU